AUGACCGAACCCUCCUGGCAAGAGCUUCUGCGGUUACGUCUUGUGGAAAGAAAUAACACAGAGUCUGCCUUUGCUCCCAUAAUAGAGCAAUACCGCAGACUAGCUCAACAAACCAAAUUACUCAAAGAGAGAAAUGCGACGCUGCUACGCGCUGUUGGUAGUGUUAAAGGCUCUCCAACCGGGUCGAGUUCCGGUGAAGAGCGAGUGUUCAUUCUCCCUUCUAACCCUGUUCGCGCUGCAUAUCUAGCUUCUUUAGAGUCUCAAAUAUCAUCGUUGCGCGAUGAACUAGCCAACUUGUACAAAACUCAGGGGCAGAAUGCGCAACGUCUGUUGUCAAUGAAUGAGACGUUACGCGAAAAGGAGGAAUUAUCAAGGAUCGACUCCGAAAAUUUGAGGAAGGCCCGAGAGGAGAUAACUUCUCUUCGCAAAAAAGUUGACCUACAUGCAGAGCUGAUAGCAGAGAAAGAUAGAACUAUUCAGAUAUUGAGUGACGAGGUCAACACGUCGCUUCUAGAGCUCAGUCAAAUCGAAGAACGCAAUCUAACGCUUUCCAAGGAUAAUGCCAAAUUACUGCAGCGCUGGUUGGACGCCAAACAGCUAGAAGCUAAUCGCAUGAAUGAAGCAAAUGAAUUUUACGAAAAUAUGCGUACAAGACAUGAGACUGUGCUAUCUUGGAGAGAGGGUUCUGGUCAGGAUGGUGCUAUGUCAAAUGCUGGCACCUCUGACUCAAGUCGGCCUAUUUCGGGGUCGGGAAAAGAGUUGACCAAUCCGGACAUUCAAACAGUGAUGAAGAAGAAUGGACCAUCGCCUCCAAUAGCACAGGGGAUGGACUUGACACCGAAUGGCUAG